AUGCCAGAACCCUCCAAUGUUGACCAGGCAACACAGGCCGUUGAAGGUCUCAGCCUAGAAAAGAAACCAAAGGUGCGUAAAGCACAAACGGAGCAGGAAUUCAAUCUUCAGAAACACCAGUUUCAGGCCAGUGGGCCUAGAAUCAACACAUCAGACUGGCUCUACGACUCCGAAGUGCUAGAAAAGCUUGACUCCACUAAAAAAGUGGACCGUGUUCACAUCUUGCAUGCCUGUGAAAAGGCUUAUUUCUGCAGAGACUACGCAAAGUGUCUUGAGCUCAUUCUGGUAGCAGAAAAACUCUUCGGAGUGGAAUUGGAAGACGACAAUGCCAACGAUAACUUAAAGGAGGAAUUUGCGAACCUGGGAAGGAAAACCAAGAAAAGUUCGAAGGUGGAACGCCAUGUGGUUGAACUUCUCCACAUCAAGGAGGCGUGUCUUCGGAGAAUGGCCCAAAUAUAA